GAGGUUCAUGUGUCCUCUAAAGGAGCGCUUAAGUUCUCUCAGCCAGACAAACUGAAAAUUACUGGCUUUCCUUCAAUUUCAUGAAACUUUAAGAGCAGCGUACCAAACAGUAAGAAGAUGGGCGCAAACGGAAGCAGCAUCAACGAGCUCUCGGAAAACGAAUAUUUAAAAAAAUUGUCGGGGCCAGAGGCAAUCUCAGAGAAUGACCCGUUCUGGAAUCAGCUGCUUUCGUUCAGCUUUAAUACCCCAACAAACAGCACCGAGUUAAAGCUUUUGGAAGAAGCUGCAGUCUCAGUCUGCAAGUCUUUAGUGGGGAACAAUCCUCGGACAGGCAAUCUCACCGCGCUGAUUAAAGUCUUCCUUUCUAGAACCAAAGAGUUAAAGAUUUCAGCAGAAUGUCAAAAUCACCUCUUCAUCUGGCAAGCUCACAAUGCCCUGUUUAUUAUUUGCUGCCUUCUCAAAGUGUUGGUCUGUCAGAUGUCAGAGGAGGAACUGCAGCUUCAUUUUACCUACGAGGGGAAAACACCAGAACCUUACGGUUCAGAAUGCGAAGACCUUAUGGAAGAAUUAUUAUGUUGCCUCAUCCAGCUGAUUGUUGAGAUUCCUCUUCUAGACAUAACCUACAGCAUUUCUCUUGAAGCUGUGACGACCCUGGUGGUUUUCCUCUCCUGCCAGCUUUUCCACAAGGAAAUUCUACGGGACAGCAUUGUGCAUAAGUAUCUCAUGCACGGCCGAUGUCUCCCGUACACCAGCAGACUUGUGAAAACGUUGCUGUAUAACUUCAUCAGACAAGAGAGAAGCCCUCCGCCAGGUGCUCACGUCUUCCAACCAGAGUCCGAUGGAGGAGGACUACUUUAUGGACUUGCAUCAGGAGUAGCAACUGGCCUGUGGACGGUGUUCACGCUAGGAGGAGCGGGAAGCAAGCGAACUCCUCAACAGGAAGAGUCUUCUCCUCUAGCUAAUCAGAGUCUUUUGCUGCUGCUCAUAUUAGCAAAUCUGACCGAUGCACCUGACACACCAAACCCUUACAGACAAGCCAUUAUGUCCUUUAAGAACACACAAGACAGCACAGCUCUUCCAUCACCAAAUCCUCAUGCCUUCCAGAUUAAUUUCAACAGCUUGUACACCACCUUGUGUGAACAGCAGAACUCUGAUCAAGCCACCCUCCUCUUAUACACUCUGCUGCAUCAGAACGCCAAUGUCCGGACAUACAUGUUGGCGCGAACGGAUAUGGAAAAUCUGGUUUUGCCGAUUCUUGAGAUUCUUUAUCAUGUUGAAGAAAGGAACUCUCACCAUGUCUACAUGGCUCUCAUAAUUUUGUUAAUCCUUACUGAAGAUGAUGGCUUCAAUUGGUCCAUUCAUGAAGUGAUAUUGAAGAAUAUCACCUGGUACUCAGAACGUGUGUUAACAGAAAUUCCCUUGGGGAGUCUCCUGAUAUUGGUAGUAAUAAGAACUAUUCAGUACAACAUGACACGGACAAGGGACAAAUACCUUCAUACAAACUGUUUGGCAGCCUUAGCCAAUAUGUCAGCGCAGUUCCGCUCCCUUCAUCAGUAUGCUGCUCAGAGGAUCAUCAGCUACACCUGCCGCCACUUGCGGAGAUAUGUCUAUGUCUUGGACAAACUCUAUUUCCCCCACUCCCACUGCUCCUCGCUGCAGCAUUGCUUCUCGACCCUCAGUGACAACGGAGAAGAGCUGUUGUCUUUAACUUGUUCUCAUAUUCUCAGAUCCUAUGCUUCCAGUUUGUUCUCGCUGUUGUCCAAAAAGCACAACAAAGUUCUGGAGCAGGCCACCCAGUCCUUGAGAAGCUCCCUCUCUUCAGAUGACUCUCCGCUCCCAGAUUAUGCGCAGGACCUGAACGUGAUUGAAGAAGUCAUUCGAAUGAUGCUGGAGAUCAUCAAUUCCUGCUUGACCAACUCUUUACACCAUAACCCUAACUUAGUGUACGCGCUGCUUUAUAAGCGGGACCUCUUCGAGCAAUUUCGAACUCACCCUUCUUUCCAAGAUGUCAUGCAGAAUAUAGAUCUGGUGAUCAGCUUCUUUAGCUCACGGAUUGAGCAAGCCGGGGCCGAGUUGUCAGUGGAACGCGUUCUGGAAAUCAUCAAGCAAGGCGCUGUCGCCCUUCCCAGAGACAGGCUCAGAAAAUUUCCGGAGCUGAAGUUCAAGUAUGUCGAGGAGGAGCAGCCUGAAGAGUUUUUCAUCCCCUACGUCUGGUCUCUGGUUUACAACUCUGCUGUGGCCCUUUACUGGAACCCGCAAGACAUCCAGCUCUUCACCAUGGAUUCGGGCUGAAAGGGAGGGCCGGCUCCCCCCCACUCAGUGUGUAUCCGUGGCUGCCCCCUCUCCCAGAACCACCUCCUUCCAACCCAAAGCCUACUAAAGAAGGAUGCUCGUUUAGCCUCGGGUGGUCCCUCUGCUCUUUCCAGGGGGUGGGGGGGGGCGGGUCGGCAUCCAGAAGCCGGAAGAUGGGAUGAGACUGGUAUGCUAACUUUUAUUUGUGUAUUUUGUAAAAACCAGGAGACUUUCCAAGUGGCCACAGGUAUUGGGGGCAUCAGACGCGGGAGAAAAGACAUUGGUACCAACCAGGUUCUAAAUGUAAUCCAGAUGGAUGUGGGAAAAUACAUUUCGAUUGCAGCUUGGUUUCCUUCCAAACUUCCGGGGGCCUGGUCAUUUUCACAGCGCGCAUCACCGAAAAAGUUACCCGGAUUAAUGCAGAGGGCUUAAUACCAUUUUGCGUUAAUUAUAUUGCUUAUCCAGAGGAGAAAGGGAGAAGCCUAGAUUUCGAUAAGGUUGAUCAAGGGGGAGCAGUUCAAUGAAAAGACACAUGUUUUAGAUAGGACGCUAUAAAAUUUGGUUUUCUGGCCGCCAACAUUUGCAGAAGUCGAGAGCAUUAAGAGCAACCCUCCCCCUCCCCCGGGAACGUUUCCUACAGAAGCCACUUCCACACUAAAUGAAGAUCAUGCCAGAGCUGCUGUUGAUGGAUCAUGUCCAUUCACUCCCAGGGCGUUAAGUGCAUUAUUAUCACACAUAGGGGAAGGGGGGAUUGAAAUUGACCAUGUCAAUGAAUUUUUGCAAAGAGAAGGGUGAAGGAGAAGCUUCCUUAAACAGAGCACUGACUAACCCGUGACCGGGGGUGGGGGGGGUGGACGCACAGGGAAAACUCUCUGGAAGAGGAAUGCACAUUCUACCUUCCUUUCGUUUCCCAGAAACCAGUGCAACGUGGAUUUGUGCACAUGCCUCUGAAUGUUCGGUGGGAUGAAUUUCCCCACUGAACGCUCUCCUCCAUCCCCAGCAUUUCUGCUUUAAAGGGAAUCGGCAAAAGAGUGCCUCAGAGAACCAGAGCAAGGGCAGGUAUGGGAAGGGAGGAAAGUUUUUUUUUAAUUAAGGUUGCCACUUCAGAUCCAACGCAGGCUAGCAGAGGGCAACUUUCAAGCACGCUGAGCAGCAUGUUAGAUUGCAGAGGGAAGGGAACCAAGAACAUGUGCUGGUUUUAUAGCCUUAUCAAGCAUGACGUGUCACAGAGAGAAUAUGGCACAUUUAUUCCACUGAGAUGGGGAGGGGGCUGAGAAGGGCUCACGAGUCUGCUGAAUGGCUUUUGUGCAGAAUAUGUUGCGCUUUUUUAUUUUUUAAAAAAGCCCCUCCUGACAAAUGUUAGAAUUAUGUUUUCCUUCUCGCCUAUUUAUCAGCAAGGUCUGGUCAUUUUGUUUUUGCGCACAAUCGGAAUUUUAAAAAUCCCUCUCCUAUUUAUUGACAGCUUAGAGAGAGCUAUACAGAGCAUGGAAGUUAUAUAGGACUUUGCACUAAGACAACUCUGGGGAAGAGGCAAUAUGAACAUGGGAACGAUCACGCUUUUUUCAGUGUCACGUGUAAAAAAAAAUAGCUGAAAAACAGGAGUGCCGUUUUAUGCUGUGUUUGGGUUGAGUUUUUAUUUUGUAAUACCUUUUUUGUCAAGGGGGAGGGUGAAUUCUUUGUAGUGUUUUCUGCAAUCUUGCCUUUAAAUAAAGGACUGUUGACUGCA